AUGGCCCCAGCGCUGGCUUUUAUUUUUUGGAGUUUUCAAAUCAUUCUAAUAUUUUCUAAUGGAGUGCGAAGCUUCUCAUGGGGAGGUAACAAGCGGAUAAGCAGCCUUAGCAGCUCUACAGGCCCAUCGUCUUCCAGAGAGCACCUGGCUCGCACUUCCGUAUUAGAAUCCUCAAAGCUGCCUGCGAUGUAUUCCACGGCGCUGGAUGAAUUACAAGAAUUGGAAUCAGAGCCCCUAUGUCACCGUAUUGCAGCUCGUCUUUUGGUCAAUAACUGCCAGUUACUCGACGGACGAGAUGAUGCAACAAUAUUGACUGACAGCGGAAGAGCUGCUAGAGACUUUGUUGACUCAUAUGCUGCAAGCUUAGCUAUAUGUGACCUACAAAGGGGUAGUUUCGCCAUUCCCUCUGUUUGUUCCAAGUUUCAAGAGUCAACCCUGGCACGAAUCGCUCCACCGACUAAGCCACAGCUGCAUGUAACGACGACAGAGAUUGACUACUGCCUUGAAGGCCUAGCACAAUCAGAUUCAGCAUGGAACACCUGGGUGAGCUAUCGCCAUAAAACACUACGAUUUUGCGAGGCCGCUCGUGCAGAUAAUGCGAAGGAUCAAAAUGUCCGGCUUCACCAGAGACUAGUUGAUAUCCUCGCAAGACUGACUACUCAGCUUGAAGAAGAGAUGGGGCAGCGAUUUCGAUCGCUGAAUCAAAUGUUUCAAGAAGUCGAAACUGCCACGGCCAACCUAAAGCCCCAGAUGAGCGACUUAAAAAAUGGUUUUACUGAACUAGACACGUUUUUCAGGGAGCAAAUUGUUCAAAGAGUUCAGCGGUCAACAGACUUUAUCGUUCACGGACUCGAAGACGCCAAGAAUUUGCAAAUACUACUCGCAAUGCUAGUCGACGUGACGCAAACCCAGAACCAUGACUUGGUAUCUUCACACGAGUCUGCUUUACAAGAGGCUACGCAACGAAUUACCACUGAAGUGGAUGUUAUUUUAUCUGCACUCGCUGCAGCAGUUACCUCAUCUACAUCUUUACAUAGAGAAAUUGAAAUUUCACAAUCCAUAGCAGCAGCUGUUGCAUUGAGACAAGAGAAAAUAGAGACAGAUAUGAAGAGGCUUGAAGGACUAGCCGAUUCUCUACUGAUUCAGCAUGAAGGUCACCAAGAACGACUGGUCCAUGCUCAGCAAACAGCGUCGAAUCUAGUAGAUAUUUUGGAUUCAGCUUCGUCAUCGGCAGCUACUCUUCGUACUUCUAUCUACAAUAGCAUUGGAUGGGGCUCUUGGUGGCCGUAUGUAUUCUGCCCUCUCACCUCUUUGGUUGUUGGAUCAUAUGGGCUGCCUCCUUCUGCAACAAGAAACUUUAUGCUCAUCAGUUUGGGAGAGAUAGCCGGGUUCGUGGUAUCUAUUGCUAAGCAUUACGGAAAUGAUAUACACACAGCAUUUACGUCUUACAAAAAGGUGCCUCUUCAAACGAACUCGACAAUAGCACUUGAUGAGGUUAUGUUUUCGAACGACGACUUUUUAAAUGGUGAGACUUGGCGACUUAGAUUCAACAGGAACGUUUAA